CUCCCUGACACGCCCCUAAUCCUGCCUAGAAGUGAGCUCAACUAAACUAGUUUGUUGCCUCUUCAACCACACUUUGUGGUUUAGGAUGCUCAGACUAGCAUGGCGUCGCUUAGCGUCUAUAAAUAGCAGCUUGGUGUCUACUCCUCAUGUCACGGCGGCCUUCCGGGACACGACCCCUCUUCACAAAAGGAAUUUAGGAUAUAAUAUCAGAGUGUUCCAACUGUUUCCCCUCCCACCAAGCUUGGGGUGUACGCAGCACUUGACUCAUUCUCUCAGAUCCUCUCCCUUUAUGAGCAUGGCAUCAGGAGGCGAAGGGCUGCCGCCCACACCUCCUCGACACACAAACAGGCUAUCCGAAGAGAGGUCACCCUACCUUCUACAACAUGCGCACAACCCAGUUGACUGGUAUCCAUGGGGUCAGGAAGCCUUCAACAAGGCACAAAGUGAAGACAAACCAAUAUUUUUAUCAGUGGGCUACUCCACAUGCCACUGGUGCCAUGUUAUGGAGCGGGAAUCUUUCGAGGACGAGGACAUUGGCAAAAUCCUCAAUGACAACUUCGUCUGUAUUAAAGUAGACCGAGAAGAGAGACCAGAUGUUGACAAGGUGUACAUGACCUUUGUACAGGCAACAAGUGGAGGUGGAGGGUGGCCCAUGAGUGUUUGGUUAACUCCUAAUCUGCGUCCUUUCAUCGGAGGCACCUACUUCCCACCCAGAGACCGUGGAAGCAGACCUGGCUUUAAGACAGUCCUCACCAGAAUCAUGGGACAGUGGCAGAAUAAUCGUUCUAACCUGGAGUCCAGUGGGGACAGGAUCCUUGAAGCUCUGAAAAAAGGCACAACUGUGGCUGCAAACGCAGGUGAGAGUCCUCCAUUGGCCCCUGAUGUGGCUUACCGCUGCUUCCAACAGCUGGCUGGCUCUUAUGAGGAAGAGUAUGGAGGCUUCAGAGAUGCUCCCAAGUUCCCAACGCCAGUGAACCUGAUGUUCCUCAUGUCUUACUGGUCUGUGAAUCGCUCCACCUCUGAGGGUGUCGAGGCGCUCCAGAUGGCAAUGCAUACACUCCGUAUGAUGGCACUGGGUGGCAUCCAUGACCAUGUUGCACAGGGUUUUCAUCGUUACUCCACAGAUUCUUCUUGGCACGUUCCCCACUUUGAAAAGAUGUUGUAUGACCAGGCCCAGCUGGCUGUUGCGUACAUAACUGCUUUCCAGGUAUCAGGUGAGCAGUUUUUUGCAGAUGUGGCCAAAGACAUACUGCUUUAUGUCUCCAGAGACCUCAGUGACCAGUCUGGAGGCUUCUACAGUGCAGAGGAUGCAGACUCUAUCCCAUCAUCAGGGGGCUCGGAAAAGCGUGAGGGGGCUUUUUGUGUCUGGACGGCCUCAGAGAUCCGGCAAUUGCUGUCAGAUGUUGUGGAGGGUGCCACUGGUUCUGCAACAGUGGGUGAUAUUGUCAUGCACCAUUAUGGGGUGAAGGAGCUUGGCAAUGUUGCCCUGGAUCAGGACCCUCACGGGGAGCUACAGGGUCAGAAUGUGCUGAUUGUGCGGUAUUCUACAGAUUUAACAGCUGCACGCUUUGGCAUUAGCCAGGAGAUGGUCAAUGAGCUUUUGGCUUCGGCCAGAGCCAAAAUGGCAGAAGUGAGGAAGAUUCGCCCGCGCCCACAUCUGGACACCAAGAUGCUGGCCUCCUGGAAUGGUCUCAUGCUGUCAGCCUAUGCUCGUGUUGGAGCUGUGCUUGGGGAUAAGGCCCUGUUGGAGAGGGCGGUACUGGCCGGCCACUUCCUUAAAGAGCACCUGUGGGACGCAGGGAUGCAGACUAUUGUGCGAUCAUGUUACCGUGGAGACCAGAUGGAGGUGCAGCAGAUCUCACAGCCUAUUUCUGGCUUCCUGGAUGAUUAUGCCUUCGUUAUUUGCGGCUUGCUGGAUCUCUACGAAGCCACACUGCAGACAGAGUGGCUGCAGUGGGCAGAAGAGCUGCAGCUCAGGCAGGACGCGCUGUUCUGGGACGCGCUUGGUGGAGGCUACUUCUGCAGUGAUCCCAGUGACAGUGCAGUUCUCCUGCAACUUAAAACAGAUCAGGAUGGUGCCGAGCCUAGUGCCAAUUCUGUCACAGCGUCCAGUCUCCUACGUUUAUCCCAGUACACUGGAAGACAGGAGUGGCUCCAGAGGUCCCAACAACUGCUGGCAGCCUUCUCUGAUCGUCUGACCAAUGUCCCUAUCGCUCUGCCUGAGAUGGUCCGCGCUCUAAUGGCAGAACACUACACGCUCAAGCAGAUUGUGAUAUGUGGCCAUAAAGAUUCCUUGGACACCAAAAGUCUUUUAGAAGCAGUCAACUCUCUCUUCUUACCACACAAGGUCUUGAUGCUUGUUGACGGCAGUGCAGACAGUUUCCUCACCCAGCGUCUGCCUGCACUCUCCUCCAUGACCCAGCAGGGUGGCGUGGCCACCGCCUACGUUUGCCAGGACUUUGCCUGCUCACUUCCUGUCACAGACCCCCAGGAACUAUGCAGGCUCCUACUGGAUGGACAAGUGGGGAUGCAGGCACACUAGUCAGUUAAUAUGUUUCUUGAACUGACUAAAGAAGAUGUAAAGACAAACUGAGCAGCUCUAGUGAGUGUAGCUUGUUUUGUGCGCUUAAAGGCUAGUUCAAUUGGAUUUAGCCAUUAAAUUAUCCAUUCACUUGUUUUGCCACAAGAUUAGACUUCUAUCCGUAUUGUUGUAAUCAUUCCACCUCAUUAAUUCCUCAAAUAUUAGCGUAACCCUAAAAGCCAUAAAAAGUCAUUUGGGUACACAAAGUCUGCAAAGAAACAUAGAGAGCUACAGCGUCAGCUCCUUUUUAAAAAUGUAGCGCUUGUGCAAAAUGGUCUUUUGUGACUGUUUGGAAGCAACACACUUUAAAUAGAAUUUAACCUAAGCUUGAACCAACAUUUUUUUUUUCUUCUCCAAGCCCCAUUUAGCUUCCAUGUCGCAUGGAUCUGACGGCGUUUGCCUGCUCGCCGGCGUGUGUGUGUGCAUGCAUAUUUGUCUGCAUCCAUUUUUAAAAGUGCAUCAUAUGAAUGUGCGUUUGACUUUAUCUCUAAUCGCGUCACAGCAAGCGAGCUGCUCUUUAAUGAGACCCUUUCUUACCAUCUGUUACCGCAAGCUUGAACUCAACGUGGCUGUGUGAGGUGAACCUUUCACAUUAAUACUCAGAUACUUUAAAAGAUCAGUUUUGCUGAUGGACAGCAUACUUACACAUGUGCAAAAGGCCAGCAGGAGCUUUUUUCUGGCAUUUAACUGCUACUAAGUAAUGCUGGAUAAUAUAUCCAACCCUUUUUCAGUACCUUUCGGACAGGGGAAGUGUGCUGAUUUUUUUUCUUGGAGCAAAUUAUGAAAAUGUGUGUGAUUUCUUGUGACAUUGCAACAUGUUUUAUUGCAAUGUUUUGUCAUUUAAGGAUUUCUGCAGUUAUCAACAAAUCUAAUUGAAUGUUUUUUAAUGUCUUUACAAUGCAACUUAAAACAUGUUAAUGCCCAUAUCCAACUGCAGAUGAUUAUUAUAUAUAGUCAAAAGCAUACAAUUAAUUAUCUGUAUAGACAAAAUUGCAUUUGACAAUAAUAAUGUUGAAUAGUUUAAAUACUUACAUUAACUGUGGCCAAAUUAAGCACACAUGUAAUCAUAAGAUAUAAUAAUAACGGUAACACUUUAGUUUGGGGAACAUAUUGUAAGUAACAAAAACUUAAUUUAGAGUUAAUUGGUUAGGGUUAGAAGGUUAGAGUUAGGGUUAGGGUUAGGCCAUGCAGAAUAAGGCAUUAAUAAGUACUUAAUGACUAAUUAAGAGCCAAUAUGUUGCUAAUUUGCAUGUUAUUAAGCAACUACUUAAUGGUGAAUAUGUUCCUCAUACUAAAGUGUUACCAUAAUAACAAUACAAGUAAACUUUUUAAAAGCAGUAAACAUAUUUGUCAUUACUGUAGUAUUAUUAACCAUUAUAAUUGGAAGGUCAAUAAUGUAAUGGUCCUGCUAAAUAGGUAAACAAACAUAGAUAUAACAUUUACUCUCAAUAUUUGUUUGCAAAAAAUGCAUUUCAGUAAAUAUUAAACAUCUUGAAGUGCAGUUUUUACCCCCAAUUGGAAAAACUGGGUUGGGUGGUUUGUUUUGUUGUAUUUUUUUGUUGCCAAUUGCAAUCGUAUGAGGGUUUUUAAUGCCUCUGGACAUCAAAUGUAAUGUUUUGCAAUGCUAUUCUAGGCCUACAUUUUCGCAAAAUGUAUUUAAUGAGUUAAUGACCCUGUGUUUUUCUCUCCCAGUUUCACUGUGCUUGCUAAAAAAAAAAAAAAAAAACAAGCCACAGGCUGCAAAUGGCCCCUGUGCGUGCCUUUUGGACACCCCGGCA